AUGAUGGAAGAAAGCCGGGAAAUGAUCGGAGCGAACAAGAAAAGACAUCCUCGAAACCCCAAAACCCAAGCAACACUUGAGAGGCGCCGUGAACAGCUACGCAAGGCACAGCAAGCAUAUCGCGCGCGGAAGGAUGUCACCAUUGACAAACUGCUAAAGCGCGUCCACAAGCUUGAAGGAAGCAUUGAGCAGUUUAGCAAGUCGUUCCUCUCUUUCACUAGUCUUCUUCUAGAGAACCGCACUCUGCUUGACCAGCAUUCGCAUGUCACUUUAGCCCUUCAGAACAUAACGCAGCAAUAUCUUGCACUUGCUGAGACCGGCUGUACGAGCUCUGAUGAAAGCGUUGUCGACAAGGCUGCGACUCCACUUUCAUCUAUUGCACUCGACAAGAAAGAAAGAUGCAAUUAUAAACGCGCAAAGAUACCGUCGAACAAGACGCCUGCUACUGGAUUCUCCUCGACUCCGGUAGACUCGGCUGAGAUGCCACCUAUGAAUACGCCACCACCGAGUUUCAGUAUAGCUCCAUCCGUUAUUGAUUUUCCGAUCACGCCUUCAGAGUCACUGGCCGACACCCAAACAUUCUUCCCCAGUAGUAUUAUCAAGACAGAGCAGUGGAAUUUCUCAUAG